GGGCCAGCAGGAGCGCUCAUCUUACCCCAGUCUACAAUGGAAUAGUUGGCUUUCUUUGUGAAACUUUCUGACAGAAAACCACAACCACGCAGUGCUGCACUUUCUUUAUUUCUCUUUAAUAACCCAGUGGAUAUGGAGGGCACGAGGCGGCUGACUGUGUGGCUCGGAGUCGGUGCUUUUCUGUUCUGCGUCCCGAGCGUCUACUGCUUCUCAGUGGCAGCGCAGGACGGCACGUGCGAGGCGAACGGCUCGGUGUACUAUGUGGGUGAGUGGUACUUCCUGGACUCGGAGCACUGCACGCAGUGUGAGUGUACGGCGGAGGGAGCGGUGUGCGCGAGGACAGAGUGCACCGCACUGCCGGCUGCAUGCAUUCACGUGAGCCACUACCCGAGCGACUGCUGCACGCGCUGCGAGAGGAUCGGCUGUGAGCACCGUGGACAGGUUUACGACCUCGGCCAAAACUUUCAGCCAUCAGAAUGUGAGCAGUGUACCUGCGACAACGACGGCAUUGCCAGGUGCCUAGUAGCGGAUUGUGCCCCUCCUGCAUGUGUCAACCCGGUCUUUCAAAGUGGGAAGUGCUGCCCAGACUGCAAAGAUGGGCCCAAUUGCUAUGUGGACGACUCUCGGGCGCAGAUAAUCCCCGGAGGCGAGGCAGUGUGGGUGGAUUCCUGCACCAAAUGCCGAUGCCACGACGGACAGGAUGCCGGCUAUUGGGAGGGCAACCGUGUGGCCACAUGUACCCACCUCCCCAACUGCACCAUCAGCGAGGGAGAAAACUAAAACUCACACACACUUCAGCAGCAGAGCUUGAAGCUCAGCAGAGUCAAGCAUGUCAUGAUAGCUUGUGCUUGUGUAUCUAAUCGUAGCCUUUUUUUUAGACUUUGUGAUUAUAGUGUUGUAUAACAUGCCCAACUUUGAGGUUAAAUGCUAAAUGACACGGCUGAAUGUCGCUUUGGCCUUGUAAAGGAUGUUCUUUAGAUUUAGCCCUAAUAAGUAGGCUGCAGUCAGGAACAAAAUACAGAGUGAAUAUUUAAUCAGCAUUCCAAAACUAAAACAAUAUAUUUUGAUGCUAAUAUAAAACCAAUAGCUAUUACUUUGUUGCACAGUAUUUGUUCUAGUUGAUUACUGAUUAUAUUAAACAACUUUCCCAACCUUAUUGUAGGCUGUUUAGUAACUUUGAGAUUCAAGACUGAUGAAUUAAAUGCCAUAAAUGUUGGUUCAUGAAUGUUUUUAACUCUUAUUGCAUAAAAAGUCAGACUCGGGUUCAAAUCUGUAUAUCACACAUAUAUAUUUAUACAUAGAGCUAAAACCGUUAAUACAAUGCAUUGCAAUGCACUGAAGUGGUUAAUACAUUUUCAAAAAUAAUCCGAACAAUAUUCAAUACAUUGCCUUCAAACUAUGAGUUUCUUUAGAGAAUGUACACAUGUACAUAAUCAUAAAAGGCUGGUUGUAAGUAUAUGUGUAAGAGUUUUCUGAAAACCAAAAAAAUAAAUAAAAUACAUUUACUCCAGUCCCAUGCGGGCAUGGAAGUAGCUAAAGGAGUAAAUGAUUUUAUACAAGCAUUUUGUUAAAAAACAUGCCUGUUCAUUUUUUUUAUUAAUCAUUGUAAAUCAGCAUUGUUUUGAUAUACUGAGGUGCAUGAGAAAUAAAUGGCUUUGAUUUAA